AAAAAAGGGCAGCCUCGUGCAGCAGCUGUACAACCAAAAAAAAGGAGAAAAGAGGGUGGGUUGUGUUUUUUAGAUUAUCCAGGAACAAGAGAAGAACAUGAAGACAUUACUGCUCCUAACUGCACUCCUAGUUACUGCUCUAGCCGAGCCGCAGGUAUAUUUCAAGGAGACUUUUGAAGAUGGAGCCUCGUGGUCGGAUAGAUGGGUCUAUUCCAAGCACAAGUCUGAUUAUGGAAAGUUUGAGCUGACGGCUGGAAAGUUUUAUGGAGACGCCGAGAAAGACAAGGGCUUACAGACUAGCCAGGAUGCUAGGUUUUAUGCUGCUUCCUCUUCAUUCGACAAGUUUUCAAACGCCGACAAGACACUAGUGGUACAAUUCACUGUAAAACACGAGCAGAAGAUUGACUGUGGAGGAGGCUAUGUGAAGAUCUUCCCAAGUACCCUGGAUCAAGCCGACAUGCAUGGAGACUCAAACUACAACAUCAUGUUCGGACCUGACAUCUGCGGCCCCGGAACCAAGAAAGUCCACGUCAUCUUCCAAUACAAGGGAAAGAACCUCCUGAUCAAGAAGGAGAUCCGUUGCAAGGACGACGAAUUCACUCACCUCUACACACUCAUAGUUCGACCUGAUAAUACUUACGAGGUUAAGAUUGACAAUGAGAAGGCUCAGAGUGGGUCUCUCGAGGAAGACUGGGACUUCUUACCUCCAAAGAACAUUCCUGAUCCAGAGGCGUCCAAACCAUCCGAUUGGGAUGAUAGAGCUAAGAUUGAUGACCCUGAUGACAAGAAACCAGAGGAUUGGGAUAAGCCUGAACACAUUGCUGAUCCAGAGGCCACUAAACCCGAUGACUGGGAUGAUGACACUGAUGGAGAGUGGGAACCACCUAUGAUCUCUAACCCUGAAUACAAGGGUGAGUGGAAGCCUAAGCAGAUUGAUAAUCCUGCUUACAAAGGAGAAUGGGUUCAUCCCGAGGUACCUAAUCCCGAGUAUGAGGCUGACUCUAACCUUUAUAAAUAUGAGGACUUUGGAGUUAUUGGUAUCGACAUCUGGCAGGUUAAAUCUGGCACCAUUUUUGAUAAUUUCUUGAUAACUGAUGACGAAGCAUACGCCGAGACCUUUGGCAGAGAAACCUGGGGAGCAACCAAAGACCCUGAGAAGAAAAUGAAAGAUGCACAAGAUGAGGAGGAAAGGAAGAAGCGUGAAGCAGAAGAGGCUGAGAGAAAGGCUAAAGAAGAUGCAGAGGCUGCCGAACAGGAAGAAGCUGAAGAUGAUGAUGAAGAGAGCAAGGGUGAUGGAGACGAUGAGUCUAAGGACGACGAAGGAGAUGACACCGAAACUGAUGACGCAGCCAAAGACGAGCUCUGAGAGAAGCUGAUCAACUAGCCAUAGGAGCAAUUUAAAAUUAUUAUUAUUAUAAUUUAAAUAAUAUAAUAGACGUUGUCUUUUUCUCUUCUUUCCGCUGUGACUUUGCUAUUUGGCUAUUAUUAUUAUUAUUAGUUCUCAUAUUAUUAUUAUUAUUAUUAUUAUUUCUUGUCCCUCCUCUCCUGUAUUAUCUGUAUACUUAUAUUAUUUCGAUUUAAAAAAACUUCCAAAAAUUUGAAAAAAAA